AUGAAGACGCUUCAAUAUUUUAUCUACACGUCUCUCUUCGUGAGGGACUCCCUCGCAGCUCGGGGAGGCCACUGUCCUCCCCUGGGCCCCGUCCUCCCUGCUCCUGUCCACCCCUCCACCCAUUCUUCAGUCAAGUCAGCAGUAGCUGCUAUUCAAGCAAGACUUGAAGAAGAGACGGCUCCCUUUAAUCUGUCUUCCAUAGCAGUCGCCAUAAAAUCAACCUACGAAGAUGACUACCUACUCGAAUUCGCCAGUACGCCUCCAAAGGUUGACCCUCGUGGGGUCGAGAAAGUAGACUCCGAUACUGUCUUCCGCUUGGCUAGUUUGUCAAAAGUUUUCCCGGUGCUGGCCUUGUUGAAGCUCUACAAAGUUGACCUUGACGAUGCUGUCACGAAAUACGUUCCUGAACUUCGCGCAUUGAACAAACAAGCUCGAAAGCAAGAUGCUGUUUGGGCGGUUGACUGGGAUCAAGUCACUAUUGGUGCAUUAGCGUCUCAUACUGGCGGUAUACCAGCUGACUUGGCAACCGAUGUCGAGCCUUACGGAGACUGGACAAGACUUGGCUUUCCGAAAGCUGACCCAUCCAAAAGCCUCAACUGCUCUGGUCUCUUAGGUAUCCCAGAAUGUACCAAAGAAGACUUCUUCGAACGCUUCGGCGAGAGACCCCCUGUGUACGCGCCUUACGCUGUGAACCCAGUUUACUCAAACGUUGGAUUUGCCAUAAUGGGGUUUAUCAUUGAGAAGGUCAGUGGUAUAUCUUCGGGAGAGUUUAUCAAGAAGGAAAUUUGGGACCCUACUGGAAUGGAGCACACAUUCUACUCCAAGCCCGAUGACUCCUUGGGUUUCAUCCCUGUGGAUGAUGAGUGGUGGAAUGCAACUCUUGGCUAUGGCGACCCCGCUGGAGAAUACUAUUCUUCGAUCAAUGAUUUGAUGGCCUUUGGAGACGCCAUCCUCAAGAACAAACUUCUAAGUCCUGUAGAGACGAGGAAGUGGCUGAAGCCUGCUACGAGUACAUCUUCAAGAGGCAUCUUACUUGGGCAUCCUUGGGAAAUCUUCCGAGCUGACAAUGUCACCAAAGACGGUCGCCUCAUUGAGUUCUACACCAAGGCUGGUGAUAUCACUACAUAUCAUUCACUUUUCGUGUUAAUUCCCGACUAUAACCUGACUAUCACGCUUCUCAACGCUGGUCCUGAAGUCAGCGGUGGUCUUCUUCAGACUCUCUUUUCAGAAAUCGUCAAAGAACUCCUACCUGCUGUGGAAGACGCUGGCAAGGAUGAAGCUGCUAAGGUUUACGGUGGCACAUACACUGACAACAAGACCAACUCUACUCUUACUCUCUCCGUCGAUGAUGAGCCUGGCUUUUCCAUCACGAACUGGACAGUCAGAGGCAUUGACAUCGCAAGCACCUACCUCAGCAUCGGGUUACCACCAACCUUUCCCACGCCUCCGGGAGAGGUACGCUUCCGCUUGUACCCCACAGGUCUCAAGAGCGAUACUGAAUCGUCGUGGCGAAUGAUGGCCACUGCUGGGUCUGCAGAGGAUAACGACGAAGCAAAUGCGCUGUUUGCGUGGCCUGAUGGGAACUGUAAUACUUGGGCAUCUUUGGAUCGUAUUGUGUAUCAGCUUCUAGCUCAUGAGCAUUUCGUGUUUACCGAAUCUGGUAAGGGUAGUGAUAGGACGGCUGAGAAGCUUGAGCUUGUUGGUUAUAGAGUUGAGCUGCAGAAGGAUGACUGA